GAAAAUCCAAGUACAAAUAUGGAACCAAAUGGCAAGCAUUAUACUCAAAUUAAAGAUGGAUUUUAUCUCAGAUUUUCUCAUUCUAAUUGUCUCAAGUGGGCUCGUUUAUGUCUCUUUUUCUUAUCCAAUUUGUCAAAUGGAGUUUCCAGGGCAUCCGCUGGCAGUGUACAAAGAGGACGUAGACUUGCUGCAAUUUUCACUCAACUUAGAGUUCUUGGAAGCAGAGUUUUUCUCGUGGUCAGCCAAUGGAUAUGGUCUUGAUGUAACUGCACCACAACUUGUUAUGGGAGGACCUCCUCCCAUUGGUGGCCGAAAAGCAAAUCUUGAUUUUGUUACCCAUAAUAUUAUCAACGAGUUUGCCAACCAAGAAAUUGGUCAUAUAAGGGCAAUCUUUUAUACAGUGGGUGGAUUUCCAAGACCUUUUAUGGAUAUAAGUGCUGAAAACUUUGCAAAAUUCUUUGAUGAAGCAUUUGGAUACAAACUGGAGCCUCCAUUUGAUCCCUAUAGAGACAGCUUGAGCUACAUGCUAUCCUGCUAUGUUCUCCCAUAUGUUGGAUUGAAUGGCUACGUUGGUGCAAAUCCCUUCAUCAACGGCUACAAAUCUAAACGAGUAUUGGCAGGACUGUUGGGGCCUGAAGCAGGGCAAGAUGCAGUUUGCCGUACCUAUUUGUACGAGAGAGCUGCUGAAAUAGUAUUCCCUUAUCCAUACACUGUAGCUGAAUUUACUGCUCGCAUUUCAGAUCUAAGAAACCGAUUAGGCAUGUGUGGAAUCAAAGACGAAGGCCUUUUUGUUCCCCCUCAACUUGGAGCUGAAAAUCGUACAACAAGCAAUAUACUCUCCGCUGAUUAUUUUUCUCUCUCUUAUCCAAGAACUCCUGCUGAGAUUCUAAGGAUUGUCUACGACACUGGCAAUGAGCAUGUUCCUGGAGGGUUCUUCCCCGCAGGUGCUAAUGGAAAGAUAGCAAGAGACUUCUUGAAACAACCAUGGAAUAAAGAAAAAACACAUUAAAUACUAUAUAUCAUGGAAAUAGAUUCUGUGGAGCUAAUAUAAAUAAAUGUCUUAAUUGAUGUUA